AUGACCUGGGGUGAAGCUCGGGAGUACUGCAGGACUAAAUACACUGGUUUGGCCUCUGUGACCUCUGAGACGAGCCUGCGGCAGCUAAAUCUGGAGACGGCGCAGACGCAGACAGAGAGCGUGUGGAUUGGCCUGCGCUUCAUCAAUGGUAUAUGGUUGUGGGUGAGCGGGGAGAAGCUGGGAGGUGUAACCUCAGUGUCCUCAUGUCCACCUCCAUCUUACCAGUGUGGAUCUCUCAACAACAAAACAAACACCUUUGAGAACCGAAACUGCAAUGACAGACUGAACUUUGUCUGUUACUGGACGUGA